GAUGAGUGCCUUGGCCUUCUACCGCGGCAUCUACACCCAGAAGCACUUCCAGCAGGUCUAUGGGGUGCCGCCGGAGCCAGAGAGCAGCCUAGCAGGGAUGCUGAAGGGCAGGCUGAGCCGAGGCUGCCGGUGCUCCAAAGCAGCAGCCUUGCACUUGCUUAGAAGCAGGCUGCCCGUGGCAAGUUGGCUGCCCAAGUACCAGCCGAAGAAAUGGCUUUUGGGGGACCUGCUGGCGGGCUUAACUGUGGGCAUUGUACACAUCCCUCAAGGAAUGGCCUUUGCUCUGCUCACUUCAGUAGCUCCAAUCUAUGGGCUCUACACUUCGUUCUUCCCUGCCUUGCUGUAUAUGCUUUUUGGGACAGGGCGUCAUGUGUCCACAGGCACAUUUGCUGUGGUCAGCCUGAUGACAGGCUCCAUGGUGGAGCGCUUGGUUCCCAUCCCCCAGCAGUCCAAUGGCACGGGUCCUGUUGAAGUGGCCUUGUUGGAGAGAGAACGCAUCGAGGUAGCUGCUGCCAUGGCCUUCCUCAUGGGGCUCCUCAUGGUCAUGAUGUUUAUGCUUCACUUGGGCUUCCUUUCCACCUACCUCUCGGAACCAGUAGUCAAGGCCUUUACUAGUGCUGCUGCCUUGCACGUGGUGGUUUCUCAGCUACAGAGCCUUCUGGGCAUAUCCUUACCACGCCCCAGUGGCUACUUUGCCAUCUUCAAGACACUGGCCUCUGUUGUGGAAGAGUUGCCUUUAACCAACAUGGCGGAACUGCUUAUCUCAGGGCUCUGCUUAGCUGUGCUGGUACCUAUCAAAGAAAUCAACCACCGCUACAGUAGCCGGAUGUGGGUCCCCAUCCCAGGAGAGAUCAUCAUGGUACUGCUUGCCACAGGAAUCUGCUUUGCUUCCUCUCUGAACACCCACUAUAAUGUACAGAUUGUUGGGCACCUCCCAGCAGGGUUCCCACAGCCCCAGCUCCCAGCUCUGCAUCUGCUGCCCCAAGUGUUGGGUGAUACGGUGGCCCUCGCUUUCGUGGCCUACGCCAUCUCAGUGUCACUGGCCAUGAUCUACUCUGAGAAGCACCACUAUGCCAUUGAUCCCAACCAGGAGCUUCUGGCUCAUGGUGUUUCAAACCUAGUCUCUUCCCUGUUCACCUGUUUCCCCAGUUCAGCCACUCUGGCUACAACCAACAUUUUGGAGAGUGCUGGUGGACACACACAGCUUUCUGGACUCUUCACCAGUGCCAUUGUCCUGGUUGUAUUAAUAUGGAUCGGACCACUCUUUCAUUAUUUACCAAAGGCUGUCUUGGCUUGUAUCAAUGUCACCAGUCUUCGACAGAUGUUUCUGCAGUUCCGGGACUUGCCUGAGCUGUGGAGGAUCAGCCAUGUGGACUUUGCUGUGUGGGUGGUCACAUGGCUUUCUGUGGUGGUGCUCAAUGUGGACUUUGGCCUGGCAGUGGGGGUUGUGUUCUCCAUGAUGACUGUUGUAUGCCGCACACAGAGGGCUGAAUGCUCUGUGCUGGGCAGAGCAGCUGAUACGGAAAUCUACAAGCCUGUCAAGUACAAUAGCAAGUGCUUUGAGAUCCCGGGUGUGAAGAUCUUGAGCUACCAGGCCCCCAUCUAUUAUGGAAACCGCAGUUUCUUUAGAGAUAUUGUCAGCAAACUUGUGGGGCUGCAGCGAGACUGGGAACAGCCUAAGGAUCCACAGUCUAACAGCAGGAUCAGAAUGGACAUUGCUACAGUGGAGAGCAGUGCUUGUGUCUUGGAAAAGAAGCUUAGCUCAGGCUUAGACAUACAGGCUGUGAUACUUGACUGCAGUGGAAUAUCCUUUGUUGAUUCAUCUGGGGCACGGCUCCUUAUCCAGGUGUGCGUGGAAUGUCAAAAAGCCGGCAUGCAGAUACAUCUGUCUGCCUGUAAUGCCAACGUUCUACAGACAUUGAGUUUUUGUGGCCUCAUGCAUCACCUAACUCCCCAGCAGAUUUUUGUCACUGUUCAUGACGCUGUUUCCUACCUCCAGCAAACCACGGAAAACAUGGAACAGAAGGACCCAACCAUCUGGGUAUAACUUUUCUUCCUGCCAAGGGUGAAAGACCUACCAGGAUAAAGGCCAUCUAAGACCACAGAGAUUCAGGAAAGGCAGCAGGCUGCCUAUGAGGCCAAGAUUUUCCUGCUCCUGGAAGGCCAGAGUGUCAGGAAUGGACAGAUGAGGAAAGAGCAGACUGGCAAGAAGAGCCAGGCCCUUAGAUGCAGCUGUUCUUCCUCCUGCUGCAACCUGCAUGGCCAGCAAUAGCCUGAAGUAGUCCACAACUGCAGAGUCAGGGUUAUUUCGCACUCCCACCUCUCCUGGUUCCUUUCCACUUCAACCCUUAUCAGAAAAUUUUAAGACACAACAGUGAAAAAAAAUUAAUUUUUAAAAAUCCUUUAUUACUCCCCCCCACUCCAAUUGAAGUCAUCACAGAAUAAGUCAUUGAGGCCAAAAGGAAGAGAUGAGAGGGUUUCAGCCUGGAAAAUAAUGCAAUGGGAGUUACAGAAAGGCUUGAUUUCCAGAAACGAAAGGUAGCCAAUUCUGUCAAAGUUCUCUUUUAUACUGGGGCACCUUCUCUUUUCUUCCUAUUCAUUGCAAGAUAUUCUCUCAGACCAGAACUGGUGCUGUGACCAGUACGACAAAAGUGGAGAGAUGCACUAACACAGCCUUUGAUUCACUAGUUAGGUUCAGCCAACAUGUUAAAAUGUGGUUAAUGAAUUGAUUCAUGUUUUGGAGUUUGCACAAUAUAUUGAAUCAUAAGUUAACCAAAUGGGAUUUAUACCACACAGGCAGUCAACA